AAAAAAAAAAAAAAAAAAGGGCCGGCCACAGUAUUGAAAUUUAUAGCUCACCAAAUAAACGAUGUUUUUCUGAUGCGUAGAAGUAAUAAUACAUGAUUACUUAAAAUAAGUUAUAAUUAUGUUUUACGUUAAGUUUAUUUGAAAGAACAAUGUUUGAUACGACACCAACUCAAACCUCUGAAGAAAUUUGCCGCCGCACCGGCCACACUCCGCAACAAACCGGCAAUGCAUGGUAGUUGGUUGAGUUUGUCAUGGAGACUCUCUCGGAGAGAAAUCCCGAAAAUUUGGACUGGAAUGCCGAUACAGAAGUACAGUUAUUUCACGCCAUGAAAGGGCACAAGCCAGUAGGCGUCAACCGCUAUUUCCAAAUGGCUUGCAUCCACCAAAAGUUCAGCGCCUCGAUUAACAAAGAGAUUUCCUCGCAGACGAUAUGGGAACACCUCGACACCAUGUACGACAUGGCUGCUCUGCAUGAGUCCGAGAUCCUGCCGUUUCCUAACCCGGAAAACGAGUUCGUCCUGCCGGACAAGGACUUUGCUGACCUCCUCUCCAAGCGACGUGGCAAGAAUGCGGCACAGCUCAACGACAGCGAGCCGACGAAGCGAGCGUCCUCCCCCGCCCCCAAGGCAUCUCCGGCCGCCAAGCAAUCCCGCACGGCCGCCGACGAAGAGAAGCCGGCCUCUGCAAGCAGACGACCCGAGGCCACAGGCGGGAAGACCGGCAAGGGCGACUGGAACGCGGCAAAGUUCUCGCCUGUUCCGAGCGCGGGAGGGAAGGUCCGGCGCAACGAGGUGGAGGCAGCGCGGACGGGAGGCAAGGCCAAGUCGGACUCGCUCCGGCGGUCCGAGAGCGCAACCUCAAGUCCGGCGCCUUCACCCGGUGGCAAGGUGAAGCCAGAGCACGCGCAUGGGAAAGUGAAGAGUGAGAGCUCGAACCGGAAGUCUGAUGCAGGAGGGGCUACUCCCACCGCUACCAGCAAGUCAAAGUCCGAGGGAUCAAAGGCAAAGGGGGACGCGCCAAAAAAAGCGACGGACUCACGGUCCGACGCGAAGCAGGAUGACGCCAAGCAAUCGAAGAGGACGGACUCCGAAAAAAGGACGAAGGGGGAGGGUAGGGGGGAGUCGAAGGGAGACGGGAAGGCGGAUUCGAAGUCGGGCAGCGGAGGCGGCUCCAAAGCAGACGCCGGCAAGCGGAAUGAAAGCUCCGCGAAGUUGAAGGAGAGUGGACGCAAGUCUGAGGGGAGAGCGCCACGGAACGAGGAGGGAGCGUCCACUCCGGCGAAGGGCGGCACCGCAAGGGUGAAAGAAGAGCCGGAGAGUUCACCCAAGCGGAAACGUGCCUCGCGGCUCGACCAGCCGAAGGCUGCAAGCCCCCUGGUGGGGGGUCACAGCAAGCGGAGGAGGUGACCUCAAGACCUUCCGGAUCCGCUGAGUGACUGGCGUGCGCUUCUGCACGUGUUGGACUCUCCUGCUCCCUGGAGGGAGCACGAUUACUCCUCGAGCUCUCGUCAUUGAAGCAACUCUCAAGUUCCCCAAAGAUCGGCAAAACUGCCACAUCUCACACAAACGGCUUGCAGUUCUUUUGUGGAAAAGUGAGAACCAGCAAAGAAAAAAAUCACAGCUGCAUAUGCGACGUUUUCAUUUUUUAUUGUCCUUGUUUUUAAAAGUGUUGUGAAACAAGUCAACCCAAGUUUACAAAUAUAGUGCACUGCUUGCUUCUUCUC